AUGCGAUCUGCUCAUCUAGAGACCGAUGCCUUCGUAUUGUCUCUAAAUCCCGAACGCCCCUCAGCUUCACAAUCAAAUGCUGCGAGUGGAGAGGCUCUAUGUCCCCAGGCCGAUCCCCUCUCGCCUCAGAAGCAUGCGGCUUUUCUUGCAGAGAUGGAUGGUCUGUAUGGGACUGAAGAGUAUAAAUUGUGGGCGUACGAGAACCUGGGAGGUGCUGUGAGGAUCCCAACUGAGUCGUACGACGACAUUGGCCCAGUUGGUGAAGAUCCUCGAUGGGAGACACGCCUUCUGCUUCAUGACUACAUGCUGAAACGUUUCCCUCUCGUACACUCCACCCUCCCGCGGACGGUUAUUCACAAGUACGCGUUGGUAUACCACUGGCAAGGCUCCGACACAUCACUCAAGCCUUUGCUUUUGACUGCUCACCAAGAUGUCGUUCCCGUCGAUCCUGUAACUGUGGAUCAAUGGCUCCAACCUCCCUACUCCGGAUACUUCGACGGUGAAUGGAUCUGGGGCCGUGGCUCUUGUGAUGACAAGUCUGGUCUGAUCGGCAGUCUGACUGCGAUAGAAUCAUUGCUUAAAAAAGGGUUCAAACCUGCUCGAUCCAUUGUUCUUGCGUAUGGUAUCGACGAGGAGCGUGGUGGUGUCGAUGGUGCGAGGUACAUGAAGGACUACUUGCUCGACACUUACGGGCGCGACUCGUUCGCUAUGCUCGUCGAUGAGGGCGGUGGAUACAACAGCGUCCACGGCGUCAUAUUCUCUACUCCCGCUGUUGCCGAGAAGGGGAAACUCAACGUCAGAAUCGAGGUCAACACACCUGGCGGACACAGCAGCGUACCGCCUGCACAUACGGGAAUAGGCCUCCUUUCAACCCUCAUCACCUCCCUUGAAUCUCACCCUCUCCCGGUGGCCCUCCACCCGGGAAGCACCUACUUUUCUGCCCUCCAGUGUUCCGCCGCACACGAUCCCUCUUUCGACCCUACUCUUAGCGAGCUCAUCGCUGCCGCCUCUUCCGGCUCCAACUCUAGUGCAUUGGGAUUGCUAGAAGAUAAGUUGAUGGAGCAAGACGAGAGGAAGUAUAGGGCGAUUGCGGGGACGACGCAGGCCAUCGAUCUUAUUGGUGGUGGUGUCAAGGUGAACGCAUUGCCAGAACGGGCGUGGGCCGUCGUAGAUCAUAGGAUCAGUGACGCAAGUUCAGUCGCAGAACUUAUUCAGCGUUACACCGACGUCCUCUCCCCUGUCACCACCUCCCUCAACCUCACCCUCAACUCCUUCGGAACUGUCAUCCCGCCCUCCACCACCCCCAUCGGUGAAGUCAAGCUCACGGACGCGUACGGCACGGCUCUGAACCCUGCGCCCGUUACGUCCACAGAUCUGUCCAGCGGACCUUGGAGAUUGCUGAGCGGAACGAUCUUGUCCACACUGGCAACCUCGUUGAGGACAGAGAAUGGGACAGAGUAUGCGAAGGAGAACAAGGCUGUGAUGGCGCCUGGCUUAAAUCUUGGUAUAAUAGAUACAAGGCACUACUGGAAUCUUACGCAGCACAUUUUCCGAUAUGGGCAUCGCGGUGCGAGCGAUAAUUUCAAUGGAGCGCAUACCGUCAACGAAGCCGUGAAGGCGGAGGGUUACCUCGAGAUGAUCCGUAUGUUCACGACGUUGAUACUGAACGCCGACGAGACAGAUUUGCUGGAUUAG